GACGCUGUGCUCAGCGCCUGUUACCGCGGCUGCCGGCUGUUCUCCAUCUGUCACUUUGUGGAUGCGAGCGCGGGGCUGAACACCACCAGGGCGGAGUGCGAGGCAGCGUGUGCCGAGGCCUACGUUGGAGCGGAGGAGCAGUGGGGCUGCAGGACUGGGUGCCGUGAGCAGCUGCCCCACGUGCAGCAGCGGGAGCAGAGCGCGGAGGUGAAGGCGCCGUCGCUCUCGGUGCUGGAUCUGGUCUCCUCUUUCUGCACCGACAUCGUCAGCUCUGCCCACAGCUUCAUCUCCUCCACGUGGACCUUCUACCUGCAGGCGGACGAUGGGAAAGUGGUGGUGUUCCAGUCGCAGCCCCACGUGGAGUUCCCGCUGCCCGAAGUGCAGAUGACCCAACCGGAGCGGCCGGGACCAGGGGCUGAUGCUCACUCCCCACAACCCCACACAGGCCCCCAGCAGAAAGAGGAGAAGUCCCCCCCUGGGAAGGAGCCAUGGGGCAAAGCCAAACCCGCGGACACACCGCAGCCGGAGCAUGACUUCCUGGGCUGCAUGGCCAAGCGCUCGGGCCUCCCCCGCUGGAUCCUGGCCGCCUGCCUCUUCCUCUCCAUCGUGGUGAUGCUGUGGCUGAGCUGCGCUAGCCUGGUGACCGCCCCUGAGCAGCACGUCAGGACCCAGCCUCUGAGCAUCAAUGGGGACAGGGAGUGCCUGGAGGACCCGCGUGGCCCCACUGUAUUCCCGCUGCCGCCCGUCAUCGCCGUCACCCUGUGCCCCACACACGGCGAGGAUGUGGGACCGCUGCCACUCAAGGUCGACCUGGACAAGACCAUCCUGUAGAUCUCCAUCCCCCCCAUCACCUCCCCAUCACCUCCCUGUCACUUCAUUGCCACUGUCCCCAUGCCGGUGCCCCCAGUCCCACCCUCUGCCCCAUCCCUCUGCCCCUAUCGGGCACAGCCCGGAGCUUUCCCCAUCCAUCAGCAUUGCUGCUCUCCGUGUUCCUGCUGCCCAGAGCCCAGUGACCGCUGCCAGCACGGAGCGGGGGGGGAGCACAGCCCUGGGCCCCCCCUCCGGGCACGGCUCCAGCGGGACAGAGACAGCGCCUGGGGGGGCUUUGGCUCAGCACAGCCUGGCCCCCACCUCAGGCUGAGCCCCCGCGGCGCCGGCCCCGGCCCUGGGAACUCCCUUCCGCCGAUGGCCCCGCGGGAGCCGGAACGUGGCCAAUGGAUUUGGCGUUGGCAGCCAAAGCGGAGAGAGCAGCGGAUCCGCCGCCCCCGUGCCCAUGUGAGCACCCGGCCGGGUCCUGGUGGGGGCUGCAGGGAGCUCCGGGAUGGCUCCAUGCCCUCCCUGCUCCGUGACACCAACGGGGGGCACCGGGCGGUGACCGAGCGGCAUUUCCCAUCCUCGUGCUCCUGGGAUGCUCCAUCCCGCACAACUCUGCCACAUCCCACGGGGCAGGACCGGGUGGCACUGACUCUGUGUCCCCACGAGGGACAAGGGCCGGGGUCGGCGGGGCACUGUUGGGCAGCCCCCCCUGCAGCAGUGCUCGGGGUGCACGGGGCCAUCUCCCAUCUCCCCAUCUCCAUCCCUUUGUGCGUUGUUCUGUGUUUGAUUCACACUGGCAUGCGGCCCACCAGGCCCGGGCACCCCGUGGUGGUACCUCCCCCCCCCCCAGCUCCCCCUAACACGUGUGUACAGAGUAACUUAUUGCCCGUGCCCCCUCCCGUCAUUUUCUACGCUCGCCCCGUGUCGGGGGCUGUGGUGUGUGUCGUUGUGGGGUGAGGGGGUGUCCCUGCGCGUGUCCCCUGGCCCCAUCAGUUUUGUGCAGCUCCAUAUCACAGUGCAACGUAUCUGGGUUGGGGAGCGGGCUGGGGGGGUGAUGCGGGGGGGGGCUCACGGUUGGGGUGCACUUCUCGGUGUCGCUUUCUGGCAGCUCAGCUCAGUGUCGGUGCAGUCUGUGUCACCCCAGCCCCCCCCCAUUUGCAGAGGCCUGGGGGUGCAGCUCCCCCGGGCAGUUCCCCCCCGUGCUGGGAUGGGCGCAGGGAGCGAACCCGGCCCCACACUGCGAGCAGAGCGCGGGUCGGGCGCGGGAGGAGAAAUAAAAGCUUUGUACCAGGGUUGGCCCCAGGGUGGUUUCUGGGUGCGGGUCCGGGCCCCGGGGCUGCGGGGUCGGUCCCGGCUCAGUGCAGGGGGAAGCGGCGACGGAUGCGACUCGGCGCAAAGGCGAAGGGCUGCACCCGGGGAGGGGUUGGUGGCCCCGUCCCAUGCAGGUACACUGAGAAGGGAUGGGAAAGGGCUGGAAAAAGCCUUCGCCCCUUCGCGACGCCCUCGGACCCCCACGUGCCCGCUCGGAGGAGGGGAGGUGAAACAGAGGCCGCGUGCACGCGCUCCGGGCUGUAACGGCCGCGGCUCGAGGGCGGCAGCGUGAGCACGUGCACCCGCGCGCCUUCCCCCGCCGCG